AUGCAGGCAGGAGAGAACAAGCGCUCGGAUGGCAGAAAAGCCCAAAUCAACCCCGCGCCGCCCAGCGCCCCCGCGGCGGGCGCUCCCCGGCUCCGCUCAGGGUCCGAGAGCGCCGGCCCUGGGGCCCCGCCAGACCCGGCCGGACGGGGCAGAGGAGGUUCCGCUCACCUGGGUGGGAAAGAGCCUCGGGAGGUGCCCAGGAAGCCACGCUGCCCUGAUGGAGAGGCUCAUUGCGGACCGGCUUCCCGCACGCCUCCUCCGCCUCCAGCUCGAGUUUUCCUCUUUGGCGACAGGUCUGCACCCGGCCAAGCGGCCGCGCAGGUCCGCAGACGGGGGUGGGGAGGCCACAAACUUGCGGGGAGAAGCCGGCGGUGGCGCGGGCGGAGGAGGCAGGGGCGCCCCCCGCGCGCGGUCCCCGCCGCCGCCCGCCCACGCCCGCUCGCGCCCCGCUCUCACCCCGCGCCGGCACCGCCCAGGCUCGGAGCGCGGGGGAGGUGGGGAGCGCGGACCCGGAGGCUGAAGCCCCCCCACGGAUGCAGCGGCCGCCCCUCCGGCCGCCUUGCCCGGACAAAGAGAAGCGGCGGGGCGGGGUGGGGUGGGGGCGGCGAAGCGCGGGCCUCGGAGCGCGCCGCGCACCCCGCGCGCCUGGCCGGAGAGGUGCUGGCGGCGAGGACCGCGCGGCCGGGCGGGCGGGCGGGCGAAGAGGCGCGCUCCCCGUCCGGGCCUCCCCGAGACGCACACGCCGGGACCCGCGCCCCGCAGCCCCGCAGCCCCGCCGGGGAGGCCGCAGCGCCCUCUGCCGGCCCCGGGGCCGCCGUGCGCGCGCCGUCCCGCUCCGGCUCCGCGCCGCCUCGGCCCCCCGACGUCCCGGCGCCCCCGGGGGCAGGGGGCUCCGAGGAGUGGGGUCUGCUCUUCUCCCCUGAGGACAACUUCCAGUAUGAGCUUCAGCAGGAAUUGGGGCCCAGCACCAGGAACGUGGAGGGCACUGGGACUCCUGAUGCAGGAGGGGCCCCAAGUUGA